AAGAACAUUACAUUUGUGUGCUCUUAAAAUUUAAUCUAAUCUAAAUGGCAAUAUGGGAAUGGGUAAGGGGAUGGGUGUGUAUUUAUUUAUUUUGGUUUAACGGGGCUUUUUCUAGAUAAGAAAAUAAGAUACCUGGCUCCAAAGAAGGUGGCGAGGAGAGCCCAACCUCCUCCACCAUCCCCCAGCCCCACAGAGGCCCCAGCCCACCUGAGGCUUUCCCCUGAGCAUCAGCAGUGUCCGAUUCAGCAGCUCGAGGGCCUGGAUGGGUGGCAGAUGGGAAGGUGGGGAGGGAGAGCUGACAUUUAUUGGGGGCCUUUUCUCUGCCAGCCGCAUUUCAUGUGUUGUCUCAGUUCUCACACCAGCCCUGUGUUGGAAGGGUUAUGAUUUCCAUUCCACAGCCAUGGGGGCAGCCGGAGGUGCUGGAGUCCAGGGAGCUCACCAACCCUGCAUGAGAAGCCCCUGAUCCGUCCGUCCCUGCGGCCUGCUCCCUUCGCCCUCCACUCUGCUUGCCCAGGAGGUAGCAUGCCAUCCGGCACUUUAUGCGGAACCCUGAUGGCAGGAGGAAGGGCACUUGUUGAAAACCACCCUCCUGAUUAGACAUUGGUACUUUACAGGGCAUCUGUGAAGUGGGCAGAGCAAGGCAAAUGUACCCAUUGGAGAGAAGACGACAGGCCCCAGAGGGGAGUGGCUGCAGAGGCCACCCAGCGGUGAGUGCCGGGGCUGGACCCCUGCCCCACCCCCUCCUCCCUGCCUCCCUCUGCAUCUCUCUUUGGAGAUGAUGGAGGAAAGUAAAGAAAGGGAGCCAGACAGUUGUGCCAACAGAACUCCUCCGUGGAGUGUCUGAUUACUUACGAUCACGCAUACUCUCUCGCGCUAAACAUUUAUUAAUGUGUUAGGAUUUCCAUUAGCGCGUUACUUGAACUGAAAUCAUUUGCAUAUGGCUGGGAAAAAGAGGGGAGAGGGAGAAAACAGCCCCAGCCACCCAACAGACGUCAAUCACAGUGACAGAUCAGAUGGUCCAUGGCUAGAAGCAGGGGGAGGGGCCCAGCCUGAAACUCCAGCUCGCGUCCUCUCAGCCAAAUAACACAAAAUGAGGCUGUGCUGUGCCAGGUUCUGCUGCCACAGGGAAGCUACACUGGAGCCCUGAGUCUGAGAGACGAACACCGUAGCUCCCAAUAAAUCAAGUACUUACUGAGUUCCAGACAGCGUGCUAAGCACUUUCUACACAUCAUCUUAUUGAGUUAUUGAGUCCUCAGCAGCCUCCAAGGAUGUCCAUUAUGCAGAUGAUGAAACUGAUGCUCAGUGACGUUCUCUUUUCUUUCAUUCAAUGAAUAUUUAUUGAACCAAGACAGGAUUCACACCCAGGCACAUCCUUUGCACGUAAGCACUACGUUCUGCUGCUCUCCUGUCCCGACUAGGACAGGGUGUUGACCAGGUCCAGUCCUCUCUCCAGGGCUCAGUUUCCCCAUCUGUACAGUAGGGCCUCCUCCAGCUCUGACACUUAGGUUCAUGCCUCAGUUUCCUUCUGAUGAUCCUGGUGACCCCUCACAUGCUACAACGAGGAAGGCGCCACAGGGAUCUUGAGAUGCCCAUUUCACUAAGAGGAGACUGACGUCCGGAAAGAGGAGCAGCUGCACAGCUUGCAAGUGGUUCAGGCUGCAGCCUGAUCCUGACCUCCAAUCUCCAAGUCCUCAACACUGUUCCCCUGUUCUUGGAAGGAGGAAGUAAGGAAACGGGGGAUUGAGUGGCCCAGAGAGAGCCCUGGGCCAGACCUUAGGGGGGCCUGGCUCUAGCCUGGCCUCAGCCAUCUGGGUGUCCCCAUGUACCUCAGUGAGGCCAGCAAAGCCAGGAGCUCCUCAUGGCCCUCCAUCUGCUGGGCAGAUGCCCCUUCUCCAAGCUUGCUGCUAUGGCAGAUACCCCUGACCUUCCACUUGUGGCAGCCCUGCCCUGGGGACAGGUAGGACCCCCGGCAAAGAGGCUACCACUGGGCAGGCUCUCACCCUGGGCGAGGCACUUACCCCAGUACUCCCUGAUACUCUUCCACCCAGACUCCAGAACAUCGUCCUGGAAUGGGAACUUGGUCAUGCCUGUAACCCUCAGUGGCCCCCACUGCCAGCCAGCUAGCACCUGAACUCAGACCUGCCCUCCCUUCCCUGCCAUCUGCUCCCAGGGCCCCAGUGCUUCCACGCGAGCUGGCCCUUCCCUCCCUGGCCUUGACCCAGCAAGCCCCCUGCCUAGAUUGAGGAGCCUCCCAGGCUCCUUCCUGGUCCACCACUUGGUCCUCUGGGCUCCCACAGCACUGGGGCUGGGAGCAAAUCCCCGCCUCUCCUGGUUAUUAGUUUUUCCCAUGGCUGCUGCCCCCUAAGAUCGGGAGCUCUUUGAGGGCAGACACUGUGUAGGCUUCAUCUCAGUGUCCCCAGCACCCAGCCCAGGGCCUGGUGCAUGGGAGGUGUUUGGCAAAUGUUGGGGUAGGAAGAAAAGAGGGAGGGAGGAAGGGCGGGAGGGGGGUGAUGGAAGGAAGGGGAGGAGAGUCAGGCUGUCUUCCCCCUCGACAUUUUCAGCUCAGUCUGAGGCCUCCCUCAGCCGUGGUGACGCAGCCAGGUGAGGCUAAGCCAGAGAGGGGAGGAGGAGGAAGAAGAGGAUGCUGACCAAGCAGCACCUCCAUGCAGAGGCUUAGGAGCUAUUCGCGCGCUGCCCACUAAGCCCUAAUCCUCCCUGGCUGAGUCGGAGCCCUGCGCCUGGGCUCCCAGAGGGCUGUGCUGCGGAAGCCCAAGAUGGCUGGUCUGUCCUCAGAGACAGCCAACCUUGGGCCCCUGUCCCACCCCUUACAGCCCCUCACAGCCCCUCACAGCCUCUCAGCCUGGCUGAGAGGGAGGCCGAGGGGCAGUUGCUCAGAAAGUCACCCACACUUGGGCUUGGCCAUUGGCCUGCUCUGUGCCCCUCUCUGGACCACCUGACAUGGGAGACAAAAUUGCUGGGGGAUUAGACAGCCCAGGUUCAAUGGCCUAGGUUCAAGCCUGGCUCUGCUGAGGAACCUCAAUCCUCUGAGCCCAUUUCCUCAGUGAUCAGAGGAGACCUGACCACUCAGAGAGACCUCCUCACAGGGGUUAGGAGGAGUUGUUCAUUCAUUCAACAAACAUGUGCUGAGCAUCUAUCCUGGGCUGGGAGCUGGGACGCAUUCUCUAGAGAGAUGGGCAGGCAGUCUCUAAGGAGACAAGACCGUUGCAGACAGCGCUAAGUAUGCAGUAGAAAAUGAAUGCAGUGGGGUGGAGGCCCUGGUCUGUAGAAGUGGGGGAUGGGGUCUCUCCAAGGACAUGGGUCACUUGCUGAGACCUGAAUGAGAUUCAGAAGAGGAUAACACUUUCAGCCACACUCACUGAUCACUUACUGGGAACAGAGCAGGAAACAGGCAUGAGAAGAGAGCAGGCUGCACCUAGGCUGUGUGGCUGCAGAGCCUCAGGCCAGAUGUAAGGGUCAGUAUGAAGAGGCCGUGCCCACAAGGGAGGACUAGGAAACCAAAAUUGUAAGGUCUCAAGGUCAGUGAGCUGGGACCGGGUGGGGAAAGCAGGUCAGGUUUACCCUAUAGAUGGGUGUGGAUCCCCAAAGUUUCCUAGUCCCGGCAAACAAGCCUGGAGAGGGGAGGUGGGCCUUCCUGGGCUCUUAGGGUGACUCAGAGCCACAGGCUAGAGCCCAGUGCUACCCCCUGCCCUCAGGGCCACCACUGCUGCCCCAGGCCUGUGUGACUCAGUGAGGGCCUUUUCCACGACCCCAGCACAACCCUUUUUCCGUCAUUUAUUUUUACAUGGCGCCAGUAACUGGCAAUCCUUCCUGAGAGCUGUCUUUGGUGUGGGAGGGAGGCGUGGCCAGGCAGGUAUAGCCCAGCUGUCACUGGUUUGUCACGUGACCUGGGCAGCUCACUGCGAACUCUGGGCCUCAAUCUUCCCACUUGCAAAAUGCAGCAGGGGAGGGUCAGAGUAGGUGACUUCUAAUGACCUUCCAGCUCCCUUCAUGAGCUUGUUGCUCUGAACACAGAGCACUUUUCAUUUAAAAGAAAACUAUUUGUCAUGCCUUACAGAAUACAGAGCACGGUCACUUCGGUGAUGGCCUUUAAUUCCCCAUCACCUCAUCCUGUGAGGGUGGGAUUAUUAAACUCUUACAGAGGAGGAACCUGAGACUUAGAGAGGGGAAGUACUUACUGAGAUAACCUAGAUCCGGUAACUCAGUCCACAGAUAUUUAUUGAGCACCUACUAUGUGCCAGGCCCUGGGAGUGCAUCAGUGAACAAACUGACAGAAAUCCCAGCUCUUCUUCCCCAGGGGAAACUAUUUACAACACUCCUGCCACAUGCCAGACUCCAUGCCGGGCUCUGGGGACCCUGUGUGAACAAGACAGACCUAGCCCACCCUUGUAGUGUCAUGUUACAGCCUGGGAGAUGGACAAAAACCAUGUGAACAGAACAUGAAUACGAAGCUUCCAGGCUGUCAUAAGCAUUAGGAGGUGACAGGCAAAGUGCUGAGAUCCAGGGCUCAGCCAGGGUGGAGCUGUGUGUUGGCCACUCUGGACUUAGGGAAUCCAGUGCUCCCCCGUCUGUCUGGCUACCAGGGGCCACGGCAGAAUCAAACCCUCCACCUUGACCUCAUUAGCACUAGGCCUAAUCACUGGGCCAAGCGCCUUAAACUGCAAGAGGUCGCACCCCACUAGCCUUGCCAGGCCACCCCCUGCACUCAUUCCACCAACAAACAUUUCGUCAGCCUUCCAUGUGCCAAACCCUGACAGCACCCAGGACGGAGGGGUCUGGUCCCCAGGUGCGCUGGAGGGAAGGGAGGCAUCUUUCUGAAGCAGAUAGACCCAGGAAUCUCAGGGGAAGAGAGACUGGGUGAGAGAGAGCUUAAGGGAUAGAAGUCUUGUGGACAGGGACACUUCCCUGGCCAGCCUUGAAUCCCCAGCUUCAGGGCCUUUGCACUUGCUGUUUUCUCUGCCUGGACAUCUCCACUCCCUAGAUCCUCCAGGGCUGCCCUCUUCCAUCACUGAGUUCCCAGUUCAAACUUCACCUUCUCAGAGAAGCCUUCCCAGGCUGCUCUAGAUAACAGAGUAUUGGGAGCAGGUCACGAUCUGAAUUUUUCUUAUUGUUAUUUGUUUCAUUACCUGUUUGUGGGGCCUCCUGCCCCCACAGAAUGACACUUCCUGCCAGCAGGGCUUGAUCCUUCUUGUCCACUGUGUGCCCUAGAACCAAGCACUUUGUUUGGAACCUGCUCGAUACACAUUUGUGGCUAGAUUGUGGUCAUCAUGCCAGGCACACCCAGCUACCCCACUUCAUUCUGGGAGGUAUCAUCAUGCUCCUGUUACAGGUUGGGGGAGCCUGUCAGUGUCAAGCCUCUUUUUGCCCCCAGAGCUCAUCCUGCUGUCCCAGGACUGGCCCUCAUGGGGUUACCUGUCACAGAGCAUCCAAGGUCCCCUGUUCCACCCCAGCCUGACCAGAUGUCCCCAGACAUACCCCGUGUGCAGCAGUGUCCAACAGUCCUGUUUCCAGGGUCCACCUCCCCUUACACUGACUCCCCAGGAGGCUGGGGCCACACCCACCUUGCUCACUGCAGUGAGCCAGCGCACAGCACGGAGCUUGGCACGCAGUCUGCCUCCUGGCUGCAGAGCCAUGCUUUCGAGCCCUGAGAGCCUCUGUCCUGUCCCUGCUUUAGUCACCCUCUCCCUGGGCCCCUCCUCCAUCCAUCUUUGGUGGCAUCUGAGCCACCUUUCUGUCCCCAAGAUCUGCCUGAGGCACUGCCUACUGCCCACUGCCCUCUGGAUGAAGCCGGGUUCCUCAGCUUGGCAUCAAGACCCAUCAGAGCUGGCCCCAACCCAUGCGUGGCCACACCACAGAUGGGCCUCAGGCCUCUGCCCAGCCUCUGUCUUCAGUCUGUGCCGUCUUCCCCACUUGGCAACCUGGCAAAGUGCUCCCGUCCCUCAGAGACCCAGACCCUGACACCUCCCCCAGGCAGGCAGCCUCCCCUCCCAGGCCCAGGAUCUGUCCUUCUCACAUCAGAGUCCUCCUCAGCCUAAGCUCCUCCUUUCUUGAUCUUUGUGUCCCCAGGGGCCUGCACAUAAAUGUUUGAUGAACCGGUGACUUCCAAUUCAAUGCACCAAGUGCUAAUUGAGCUCCUGAGCUAUGCCAGGCUGUGUGUCUCGCACAGGGAAUGCCAAAGUUGGCAGCAUACGGCCCCUGCCCUUAUGUGAAGCUCAUAAUCUGGCGAGAUGGGCUAGUGUCAGUGUCCAGUGACUGGAUGAGCCAGGAGGAGACUGAGGUGGGGAAGGAAUAGGUAAGGGGCUGAGUGAGGGGAGGAGAGCCUCUGCCCUCCGGAAGCUCCUGGUCCUGUCAAGAGGAAGAUGUCAGCUCGUACUAAGCCGGAGGAAAGUGGGCCUGGAGUCAGAGGUCGUGAUGCCAGGCCAAGACCACCAGGCUGAGGUGGGCAGAGAUUCCUGGAGGACAGAAGAGUUGGGGGCCGGCCUCCUGCCCUUUCCCAGGGUCCCCAACGCCUCCCCUCCCUGACCCUAGGCUUCUACCUAGAGUGACCUUGGCCCCUCACGGAAGCCAAUUAGGCCCCAGUUACAGCAGCGGUGAUUAAUAUGAUUAAUAACGCCCCCAAUCUCCCAGGUGCUGAUUCAGCCAGGAGCUUAGGGAGGGGAGGUCACUUUAUAAGGCCCUGGGGGGGGUCAGAGCCUGGAGUCGUCCAGCCUGAGCCCUGGGUGGCCGAGCUCAGGCCUCAGCAGUAUUCUUGGGUCGGAGACGCCCACGGGGCAGCCACAAGGGCCGCAGCCAUGAACGGGACGGAGGGCCCGAACUUCUACGUGCCCUUCUCCAACAAGACGGGCGUGGUGCGCAGCCCCUUCGAGUACCCGCAGUACUACCUGGCCGAGCCGUGGCAGUUCUCCAUGCUGGCCGCCUACAUGUUCCUGCUGAUUGUGCUCGGUUUCCCCAUCAACUUCCUCACUCUCUACGUCACGGUCCAGCACAAAAAGCUGCGCACGCCUCUCAACUACAUCCUGCUCAACCUGGCUGUGGCCGACCUCUUCAUGGUCUUCGGCGGCUUCACCACCACCCUCUACACUUCUCUGCACGGAUACUUCGUCUUCGGGCCCACGGGAUGCAAUGUGGAGGGCUUCUUUGCCACUCUGGGCGGUGAAAUUGCACUGUGGUCCUUAGUGGUCCUGGCCAUUGAGCGGUACGUGGUGGUGUGUAAGCCCAUGAGCAACUUCCGCUUCGGGGAGAACCACGCCAUUAUGGGCGUUGCCUUCACCUGGGUCAUGGCACUGGCCUGUGCUGCACCCCCCCUCGUCGGCUGGUCCAGGUACAUCCCAGAGGGCAUGCAGUGCUCAUGCGGGAUUGACUACUACACUCUCAAGCCAGAGGUCAACAAUGAAUCCUUCGUCAUCUAUAUGUUCGUGGUCCACUUCACCAUCCCCUUGAUCGUCAUCUUCUUCUGCUACGGGCAGCUGGUCUUCACAGUCAAGGAGGCAGCUGCCCAGCAACAGGAGUCAGCCACCACCCAGAAGGCCGAGAAGGAGGUCACGCGCAUGGUCAUCAUCAUGGUCAUUGCUUUCCUGAUCUGCUGGGUGCCCUAUGCCAGUGUGGCAUUCUACAUCUUCACUCACCAGGGCUCCAACUUUGGCCCCAUCUUCAUGACCCUCCCGGCCUUCUUUGCCAAGAGCGCCGCCAUCUACAACCCCGUCAUCUAUAUCAUGAUGAACAAGCAGUUCCGGAACUGCAUGAUCACCACCCUCUGCUGCGGCAAGAACCCGCUGGGUGACGACGAGGCCUCCACCACUGCCUCCAAGACGGAGACCAGCCAGGUGGCACCAGCCUAAGGCCUGCCAAGGACUCUGUGGCCACUCUAGGAGCCUCCCAUCCCCCACACCCACCCACAGCCACCGCCGCCCCACCAGGAGCCAUGCCUGUCGGAACCAGGUCCCAUAGGCUCCCUGAAUUUAAACAAAUAAUAAUAAUAAUAAUUAACGAGAGAAAAAUGAGGCUCCCCUCUUGGCCGGGACGGCCCAAUCUGGAGCCCUGAGUUCCCAGGGGCCGGUGGGAUCUGUACCCCUCUUCCCCCCAGCUCAUCUCUCAGGAACACAGAACUGUUGCUCUCUGGGAAAGUGUCCCAGCUUAGGGAUAAGUGUCUAGCGCAGACUGGGGCACACAGUAGUGCUUAAUAACUGCUAGAUGGAUGAGGGAAGGGAUGAAUGGAGGCAUGAAUGAAGGGAUGAAUGGGCAGGGAGAGCGCACCUGUCCUCUCAAACCCACCUUCCCAGCAGCAGCUCAUCCUCCACUGCUGACCCUGAGCAAUAGGCUCCCUCCUGAGGCCUCACCUUCUUCCCCUAUAAAAUAGAUACCCGGAUCCCCAGCCCUGCCGACACAUGGCUGCUGUGAAGAUCAAGUGAGGGUGUGUGUGUGUGUGUGUAAGCACUUUGUAAGUGGUAAGGAGCUGUACAGACUGUAGUUAACGUUAUGAAUAAUAUCAAAGUUAAUUAGUUACUAUGAUCAUCUCCUCUUGAUAGCGACCAUUUUGAGAUUAGGCGAUGCUCCGAGCAUCCAGCCUCAGCAGCAUUUUAAAAGUUAGCCAGGCGUCAAGGCCAGACCAGGGCUGGGGCUGGGCUGCAGGAAGGGACAGUGGAAGGAAGGCAGAAGACAGUCAUCAGGUCUGAAAACACAACACCAGGGCACUGGAGUCUGGGGUCAAAGCUCCGCCCUGGAGCCCCCUCUUCCCAAUGCAGCCUUUAAAGAGACAGGCCUUUCUCUCAGCUUCUGGAAACCGCUCGCUCUCCUGCCCAGCACCUGGGCCACAGCAUCUCUGAGCCAGUAUACAGCUUCUAGAAGCCAUGCUCAUCUGCCUACAUUUAAUGAAGAGCUGAAUCCCUAAUGUCGCCCUUGUCUCGAAGAGCUUAGAAACAAAGAGUGGGAAAUUCAGCGGGGCCCACCUUCCCUGGGGAUGUUCACAGGUCCCCGAGUCCAGCUCCCUCGCUGAGCCUGUCUUCAGUGGCUGCAGUCCAUUCUCCUGUCUGGAACUCGGGGGCGUCAGAAUUGAGCUGCCACAGUAACUGCCCCCUCCUUCGCCACAUCACCAAAGCCAGAAGCUCCAUCCCUCCCAGCUCUGCCUGAGACUAAGGCAAAUUGGGGCAUUAAAAGCUCAGCUCCUA